UUUUUUUCUUUUCAACAAUGCUAAUGUUUGACUAGGAAGGAGGAGGUCCGAGAAAGCCUUUGCUGUCUUUGGAUUGAGUAAUUCACAGGGAUUCCAUGACACUUUGAGAACCGAACAGAAUCUACAUUGUCUGAUUUGGUGCUCUGAGCAAAGCUUUAAAGGAGCCAUGGAGGUGCUUGUGCUUCUAGACUUUGAGGCGACGAUGCCAGACGAGUUAACGGUGUGUGUAGGAGAUGUGGUAAAGAACGUCUCAAAGGCCAAAGAAGAAGGAUGGCUGGAGGGAGAUCUGAGAGGAAAGAGAGGCAUGUUCCCUGGCAACUUUGUCAAGGAAGUGCCUGUUUACUUAAUAGGGGACAGCAACAGAGAGCCAAGAAGCAUGAGGAAAUCGAAGAAACCAAAGGUGCAGACGAGGAAAUGCGAGGUGACUUUCCCCUACGCUCCCCUGCAUGAGGACGAGCUGGAGCUGGUUGUCGGGGAGACCAUCGAGAUUCUCAGAGAGAUUGAAGAUGGGUGGUGGAUGGGAAAGAAAAAUAACCAAAUAGGAGCCUUCCCGUCAAAUUUUGCGAGGGAAAUCUUUGUCCCUUUAAAAGAUGGCAAGAUAACUGAAGCCAAAGCCAGGCCUAAACUCUCGGAAGCUGUCUUCAAUAAAGAGGGAAAAGUACAACAGAGAACAAGUUUACGAAGAAAAACAUCAGGCAUAAAAGAAUGUUGUCGGGUGAUGUUCGACUACACGGCUGUUGCCGAAGACGAGUUGAACCUGAAGAAGGGAGACGUCAUAACAGUUAUUAACAAGGCCACCGAGGACGAUGGCUGGUGGGAGGGGGAACUGAACGGACACAGGGGCUUUUUUCCUGAUAACUUCGUCAUGGUGAUCCCAGCGGAUACUCUUCAUACUGGGAAUGCAGGCCAGACACCGGUGAGACGUGGCUCUCAGAAACACGCAGAGAAUCAGAUGCCAGUGAUGGACCAGAACAGCUCUGAUACAAAUCCUAAGACAGAGACUAAAAGUGAGAAACCAGACACUAAAGACUUUCGAAGUGACCCGCCUGGUAAAAUCAAGUUGCCUGGUCUACACAAACCACCUGUUCCUCCACCACCUGUCAAAGAGAAGCCCAUAAAACUAACACCAAAAAAUGUUGAAGAGCCACAACUUGUCUCACCGAAACAACAGCCCCCUGCCUCGCCAGUACAGAAAGAGGUUAAAGACAAUAAGGAUGUUAAAGAUAAGACCCCUGACCAGUUUGACGGUGUAGACGUGUCCUCAGAGAAACUGAGCCACCCCACGGCCAACAGAGCCAAACCUCCACAGAGAAGACCUCCAACAGCCCUCGCCACUGCCAUACAAGUUCCAGAUGAAACUGACCACAAUGAAACUUCAGAAGAGAAAGAUGGAUUACCACAAAAUAUUCCAGAGGUUACAGAACCUCAGUCAGCUCCUCCUGCCAAGACAGAACAAGUAACUAAGAGCACUUCACCACCCAAGACACAGACUGAAGGCAAAGCUGUGGUUCAGGAGGAGACGGCAUCACUGGCCUCUGUGCUGACGGAACUCAAAGAUCUCCGCAUGUCACUGGAUCUCCUCAAAGCACAGCAUGAGAGAGACAUAAAAGAGAUUAAAGAUGAACUGAAGGGUGAGACGGAAAAACGCAUGAGAUUACAGGAUGAAGUGGAGGCUCUGAGGAAAAAAUAGUGUCCAUUGAACACCAGGAGUAUUUCACAAUCCUCAUCCUUCUCUGGGACAUGGACAUAAAGGCUACAGAAAGACAAUGAUGGAGUGUUGAGGGAAUGUAAAAGUGUGCAGACAGAUAUGGAAAUCCAGCACUUGUGACUUGUUGAAUAAUUCCUGGUUCAAGUGGACCAGAAGGCUCAGAAAGCAGAUCUACAAAAAGACGUUUCGUUGUUCAUAUUCUACUCUUCAGCUCAUAUGGUUGUGGGAGUCCUCUCCACUCGAUUCUUAAGACAUAUAUAUAUAUAUACUAGGUCAUAUUUUAAGGCAUUAACACACUUUCUAUUAAUAAUAUAUUUCUGUUUUGUGUUAUUCUGUAGAAAUAAAUUAAUGUUUUUGCUCUAAACCUGAUUUACCCAGAGACUGGGUAAAUGAUAAACAUGCGUUGUCUUUUUUUUUUUUUUUUAAUGCAACUACAUAAAGGUUUUAUCUGUGUUAAGACUGUGAAACAAGAUGGCUUUAUUUUGUGAGUGGAAGAUAUCAAUGACAUACAAAUACAGAACUGGUAUCUAAAUGCAAGCAACAAGUAAUUUUGACAAAGUAUAACACUGCAAAUGCUAUUUAAAAGUUUCUUUGUGAAUGGCAUGUAUAGACUUUGCUUUGUCACAUAACAAAAUCUAAAAGUCCAUUUUCCCUUCGUGGAGAUAUGGCAUGAGACUGAGACAUAGUGUCCAUUCAGACAGAAAACAGCAUCUGGAAUUCAUGUGGAAUACAUUAGAUCUUCAUAGUCAGACUAAUCAUUGGGAAUGGACUAUUUUGUAAUGACAUACAGACUAAUUCCAAAUAAUAGAAAUACUGUGUGUUUGUAGGUUCAGUUGCAGUGAUGACAUAUUACCAUCAAUCAAGAUAUACUCACAUUCUUUCCUUUUUUGGGCUUGUCCUUAAUGUCAUAUGGGUUCUAUACAUAUUAGGUGUCAUAUUAGCAGUUCACAAGUUUAAAUAUCUUCAUAAAAUUUUAUAUCAGAAUGUACUUCAUAAAUGUAAACAAUGACAGAAGUCACCCACUUGGUGAGCAAAUAUGUAACUUGAACGUGAAAGACAAGAUGCCCAUAAAAAUGUUAUUUUUGGUUUAUUUAGCAUUAUGUUGCACUUUUUUAAUAUACUCUUUUUAUGACAUAAACACGCUAAUCGGACACUGUAAAAUUAUAUGAUUUAUCACAAAAAAAUUUUCUUUUGUCAAAUCAACUUGGAUAAUUAAUGUGGUUCAGAUAACAUAUUUUAAGUUUCUGUUGAUUAAAUCAAUCACCUUCAUUGUAUUAACUCAAUUUUUUUAUUUCAAUGAACUCAAUUUUAAGGCAACCAGGUAACUUCAAGUUAAACCAACAAUUCUUUUUUACAGUGUACAGAAGACUGAUGGUAAUGCCAAAACAACCGUAACAUUUAUUGUAAAAUGCAUAUAAAGAUUUGAAUAAUCAGGUGCGCAAUUAUGCCAUUUGACAUUUGUUACCCAUAUAUACUAAUUUGGCCUAUAUGAGAGUUUUAUCGUAGAUGACUGAUUGGAAAAUCAACCUAUGAUUGUUGCUGAUUGCUAUAAUAUUUUUUGGCUAUAUUUAAGAAUGCACAAGGUUGAUUUUAGAUAUUGUUUUAAUUUAUUGAUAUUGGUCAGUAUUGUAUGUUUCAUUUGUUUAUGCUCAUUUCCCUAUCCUUUUUUUGUUUAACUUUUACAAUUUACCAAUAUCCAUUAAUGCUCCUCAUUAAACUUAAAAACAUUAAAGGUACACCAUGUAACUUUUGGCCCUCUAGUGGUUAAAAACAAAACAAAAUUAAUUGUGCUUUGGCUCUGCUUGACUGUGUGGAUGAAUAUGGCUAUCCUACUUAUGAAAACAUUCACUUAUAGGCUUAAGAGAUAUAACCAGUUUAGAUGGAAAGGGUCUCAAGCUGAGCUGAAGAUGUUACUACAGCAAUAUCCAUUAAUAGAUAUGGUAUUUCCUUG